CUCUCUCAUCCAAAUAUGUUCAAAGUGAAACCUCAACAUGAGUCGGCUGAUAACGAUAAGUGCUCUAACCCCGCCAACCCGAACCCUCGGUUCUGCAGGGGUUACCCCUUAUCGCCCAAACCAGCCUUAUCGGAGACGGCUGGCGUCGCUGGGGACCUUGCGGGGUGCUGGGAAUUAGGAGUGUGAGGUGGUGCACACUGCCACCUCCUGACCGUAAUCUAAUAAGGCAAACAGCUUCUUGACAGCCGCGCGUUUGGUUGGUUCAGCCUUCUUCCUCAAAUAUUUUUGGACUCGAUUUCACUCUCGAAAACAGAGAGCAACCUCCUGUCUUGACAGUGUGUUGUCUUGGUCAACUCCUUCGUCCCUACCAUCGGUUCCAUAGCUUCCAACCCGAACUUCCGUACACCCUCACAUACAUAUAAACCAUUUGGAACCAUGGCACCCCCCAAAGAAGAAGAAUCCUACGAGGGCGCCUCAACAGCCGAACUCCUCAUCGCCUCCUGCCGCUCCAACAACUUCACCCUCCUCCUCUCCCUCCUCCCCCAAGACGACGAAGACGCCGCAGCCGCCCUCCUAAACAACACGACAACCGUAAUGGGCAACCACCUCUACCACGAGGCCGCCUCCCGGGGCCACUACGAAAUAAUCGACACCCUCCUCGACCAGCCCGGCUUCGAGUGCGACCCCGUCAACCGCCUCGAGGGUGACACCCCCCUGCACACGGCCAUCCACUGGAUCAACUCGGAGCCCCCCGAGCAGCGCGAGUUCGGCAACGCCCUGGUCAAGAUGAUGCUCGAGGCCGGGUCGAACCCGAGGAUCAAGAACAAGGGCGGGCUGACAGCGCUGCAGUUAGUAGAUCCAAGAAAUGAAGGACUCAGAGAGCUUAUCAGAAAGCACGAGUACGCCAGCCUGAACCAGGGUGACUUCGUUGACGUCGGGGAUGUCAAGGGGGGUGGUAAGCUGGUGCAGCAGCAGCAGCAGGAGGAGGAGGAGAGCGAUGAUGACGCGGAAUUCAGUGGGAGUGACGACGAGGAGAGGGCAGAGUGGGAGAGGAGGAGGAAGGAGAAGAGAAAGUAAAAUGCUGGGUGGAGUCGAGGGUACAGUACAGUGUGUUGCAUGGGUAAUGUGUGUUGAUUUUACCACAGCGAAGCAUCGUUGGGGCAUUUUUUUUGUUGUUGAUGGUUUCCCUUGAGAGGCAUAGAUCUGUGGCGAUAAAUACAAAAAAAUAAAUUCAAUCAUGCUCCUGCCGGGGGCAAGUCUGAUCACUCUUUGUUCCAGUUUAUU